UCCUUUUCUCGUCCCCCUCUUAUCUCCCUCCCUUCUUGUCGUCUCCGCUAGCUCCAAAUCUCGCGAGAGGUCCAAGCCGGAGGCCCGGGCCAACAUGGCGGAAGAAGAAGUGGCUAAAUUGGAGAAACACUUGAUGCUUCUCCGCCAGGAAUAUGUCAAGCUGCAGAAGAAGCUCACGGAGACGGAGAGAAGGUGCACCCUCCUGGCUGCUCAGUCGAAUAAAGGGAAUGCCAGUGACUCCUUCAUCAGUCGGCUGCUGGCCAUUGUGGCUGAGCUGUAUGAACAGGAGCAGUACAGUGACCUGAAGAUAAAGGUUGGAGACAAGUACAUCAGCGCUCACAAAUUUGUAUUGGCAGCUCGCAGCGAGGCUUGGAGUCUGGCCAACCUGGUGUCGACUGAAGAGCUGGAUCUGUCAGAUGCUGACUCAGAGGUAACCAUGGCGAUGCUGCGCUGGAUCUAUACAGAUGAGCUGGAGCUGAGAGAAGACGACGUGUUCCUGACGGAGCUGAUGAAACUGGCAAAUAGGUUUCAGCUGCAGCUCCUGAGGGAAAGAUGUGAAAAGGGAGUCAUGUCGCUGGUUAACGUCAGGAAUUGCAUCCGCUUUUAUCAGACUGCUGAGGAGCUGGAUGCCAGCACUUUAAUGAACUAUUGUGCUGAGAUCAUUGCCAGUCAUUGGGAUGACUUGAGGAAAGAGGACUUCAGCAGCAUGAGCGCGCAGCUCUUGUACAAGAUGAUCAAAUCCAAAACGGAAUUUCCUUUGCACAAAGCUAUUAAAGUGGAGAGGGAAGAUGUGGUGUUCCUGUACCUUAUCGAAAUGGAUUCCCAGCUGCCUGGGAAGCUGAACGAACUUGAUCGCAACGGUGACCUGGCCUUAGACCUGGCUCUCUCCCGAAGACUGGAAAGCAUUGCGGCGACACUGGUCAGUCACAAAGCAGAUGUUGACAUGGUGGACAAGAGAGGCUGGAGUCUGUUGCAUAAAGCUAUUCAGAGGGGAGAUAAGUUUGCCGCUCACUUCCUUGUUAAGAACAGCGCCCGGGUGAAUGCUGCAACCCUGGGAGAACAGGAGACCCCCCUGCACCUGGUGGCUUCCUACAACCCCAAGAAGCACGCGCCGGACGUGAUGGCGGAGAUGGCCAAGAUUGCAGAGUGCCUCUUAAAGGCAGGAGCCAAUCCGAACAUGCAGGAUAGCCAAGGAAGGACUCCGUUGCACGCCUCCAUCAUCGUGAGGAACGACCAAGUGUUUAGCCAGCUGCUCCAGUGCAAACAGCUUGAUUUGGAACUGAAGGACCACCAGGGAAGCACCGCUCUGUGGCUUGCGGUUCAGUAUAUCACUGUCUCUUCAGACGCGUCCGUAAACCCCUUUGAGGAUGUUCCAGUGGAGAACGGCACCUCCUUCGACGAGAACAGCUUUGCAGCCAGGCUUAUCCAGCGGGGCAGCAACACGGAUGCUCCUGAUUCAAUUACAGGAAUCUGCUUGUUGCAAAGGGCAGCAGGGGCAGGAAACGAGGCUGCAGCGCUUUUCCUAGCCACUCACGGUGCCAAAGUUAACCACAGGAACAAAUGGGGAGAAACACCACUUCACACAGCCUGUCGACACGGUCUGGCCAACCUCACAGCAGAGUUGUUGCAGCAAGGAGCUAACCCCAACAUCCAGACAGAGAAAGCGGUGCCUGCCCAAAAAGGAGCAACUGUCCCAAGCGCAUCAGACAAUGUCUAUUUGCAAACUCCCCUUCACAUGGCAAUAGCGUAUAACCACCCAGAUGUGGUGUCAGUCAUACUGGAACAAAAAGCUAAUGCCCUUCACGCCACCAACAACUUGCAGAUCAUUCCUGACUUCAGCCUCAAGGACUCCAGAGACCAGACAGUAUUGGGCCUGGCAUUAUGGACAGGCAUGCAUAUCAUAGCGGCUCAGCUCCUUGGAUCUGGGGCCUCCAUCAACGACACCAUGUCGGACGGGCAGACUCUGUUGCAUAUGGCGAUCCAGAGGCAGGACAGCAAGAGUGCCCUCUUUCUGCUGGAGCAUCAAGCCGAUAUAAAUGUCAGGACGCAGGAUGGAGAGACGGCCCUUCAGCUGGCCAUCAAAAACCAGCUUCCGCUUGUGGUUGACGCCAUCUGCACCAGGGGAGCCGACAUGUCCGUGCCAGAUGAGAAGGGCAACCCUCCGCUCUGGCUCGCGCUAGAGAACGACCUGGAAGAUAUCGCCUCGACUCUCGUAAGACACGGCUGUGAUGCAACUUGCUGGGGUCCGGGGCCAGGUGGCUGUUUACAGACCCUCCUUCACAGAGCCAUCGACGAGAACAACGAGCAGAUCUCCUGCUUCCUUAUCCGCAGUGGCUGCGAUGUCAACAGCCCAAGGCAGCCGGGUGCCGACGGAGAAGGGGACGAGGAGGCCCAUGACGGACAGUCGCCUUUGCACCUUGCUGCUUGUUGGGGCCUCGAAGAAGUGGUGCAGUGCCUUCUAGAGUUUGGUGCCAAUGUGAAUGCACAGGAUGCAGAAGGAAGAACACCCAUCCACGUUGCCAUCAUCAAUCAGCAUGCGGUCAUUAUCCAGCUGCUAAUAUCUCACCCCGACAUCCAUCUCAGCCUACGCGACCGGCAAGGCAUGACCCCUUUUGCGUGUGCAAUGACUUACAAGAACAACAAGGCGGCAGAGGCGAUCCUGAAGCGGGAGCCCGGAGCUGCUGAGCAGAUGGACAACAAAGGCCGGAACUUCCUCCACGUGGCUGUUCAGAAUUCUGACAUUGAGAGCGUGCUGUUCCUGAUCAGCGUCCAAGCGAAUGUGAACUCCCGGGUCCAGGAUGCCUCCAAGCUCACCCCGUUGCAUCUUGCUGUACAAGCUGGCUCGGAAAUCAUUGUGCGCAAUCUGCUGCUUGCAGGGGCCAAGGUUAAUGAACUGAACAAGCACCGUCAGACAGCCCUCCAUCUCGCUGCCCAGCAGGAUCUGCCCAUGAUUUGCUCUGUUCUUCUGGAGAAUGGAGUGGACUUCUCAGCUGUGGAUGAAAAUGGGAACAACGCCCUCCAUCUGGCAGUGAUGCAGGGGCGUCUGAACAACAUCCGUGUCCUCCUCACAGAAUGCACUGUGGACGCAGAAGCCUUUAAUGUCAGAGGUCAGUCCCCAAUGCACAUCCUGGGGCAAUAUGGGAAAGACAACGCGGCGGCCAUCUUUGACCUCUUUUUGGAGUGUAUGCCGGAGUACCCUCUUGACAAGCCGGAUGCUGAAGGGAACACAGUACUUCUCUUGGCCUACAUGAAGGGAAAUGCCAACUUGUGCCGGGCCAUUGUGAGAGCUGGAGCGCGCCUGGGAGUCAACAACAACCAGGGAAUCAACAUCUUCAACUAUCAAGUGGCCACGAAACAGCUUCUCUUCAGGCUCUUAGAUAUGCUGUCCAAGGAACCUCCCUGGUGCGAUGGCUCAAAUUGCUAUGAGUGCACGGCCAAGUUCGGGGUCACGACAAGGAAGCAUCAUUGCCGACACUGUGGGCGGUUGCUGUGCCACAAGUGCUCGACCAAGGAGAUCCCCAUCAUCAAGUUCGACCUGAACAAGCCGGUCCGCGUCUGCAACAUCUGCUUUGACGUCUUGACGCUGGGUGGAGUCUCCUAGUGUGGCCUGCAGGAGGGGGGUGUGUGUGUGAGGCUUCCAGGCACUCCCCCUCCCACCCGCCUCGCAGCCGCUCAGUGGCCGGUCGCCUAUAACGGAGACAGAGAAGCUUAUACUUGUCUUCCUUGUUACAAUAGACUUCGAUCGGCUUAAGGGACCACGUAAACACUAUAUUGCAGUAUACAUUAGUCUUUUGUACGAUUGACGAACGUCAGCUGUGGGUGAUGGCUAGAAGCAAACUGGGACUGUUGAAAAAGCGAGAAAAUGAACACAAAUUGGGUCAGGCCCUCAGCUCAUCGUAGCACGGGGCCUUGAAAGUAAAACUUCUGAUUAACUGAUCAUGUAACACAAUAGGCCUUAUUUAGCAGGCCUUGAUGCAGUUACGGGGCUGCCCUAAAGUCCUGUGACGGAUCUUUUUUUUUUUUUUAAGAGAUCGCUAGCUCUUAUCUCUGGGUAACUCUGUGCGAUUUGCCCCUUUUUUUGUUACCUUCUCUGAGAGAAUGAUUUUAUUCUUGUCCAGCUGUGUCUAGUGGGCGGCUCUACUGUGCACAAAGAACCAUCCUUUCAAAAAAACCCAGGGUUUUGUUUAACACGUUGCGGGGGUUUUUUGUGUGGCAUUGCGACACAAGCCGCUCGUAGGUGUGUCCUCCCUUAUUAGCAGAACUGGAAUUCCAGCUCCAGCCUCUUAACGUUCUCCCCCGCCCCCGUCCCAUUCUGCGCUCUCAGUUCCAAGGGCAGAAGAGGCGAGGCGGUCCUUCUCAAAUUCAGUCGCUGCUCCCCACAGGAAGAAAAGCUGCUGGCCCCGCCCCUCUUCAUAGCGACGCUUAGUUCGCUCAGCAAAAACAGUCAUAUGUUUACAGUGACGCAGGAAGUUCUGCUGGUUGGGGUUAGAAUGGAAUGCUUGAUGCAGAGGAGCUCCUAUGGAGUGUCUGGGAUGAUGCAGGGUGAAGGCAGUUUGGGGUGCCCAACAGAGGGGGCGGUCUCGAGGACUCCGGUCACAGGGGAAGUCACGUCACAUUUUGCUCCCGGGAGGCUAGGGGGCCAGUAAGGAUACUUUCUGCAGUCAAGACUUACAGGGUGUAAGCUGUUGGCAAGUUGCCCUGUUCAGGAGGCCUGUGUCGAAUCUUGACUCCUGCACAGAAAUGCACAUUUCCUCCACUACCAUACCACCCCCUUGCCCCAGUUAUCUUGGGUUAGCUCUGCUUCUGGGAAACGUCAGAAUUGGGACCCCCGUGAACGGAGAUGCUGAAGUAGUGACUGUUAAAACUGCGAAACCACCAUAUUCGUAAGCAGAAAGCUUGUUUGCCUUUUCUUCUUUUUUUAAAAAAAGGAACAAAACCAGGAAGAAGUACGUAGCUCAGCCUUUUUGUGGUUUCACCAAUGAAUCACUUGCGAUUUGUGUUUAUCUUACCUUUGGUAACCACUACUUUUUCAGUGUGUGAAUGUGUGUAUGUGUGGAAGGGAAGGUAAAGUAUCAUUCAUAACUUCGGAUCCCAUUAACCCCACCCCCAUUAACCCCUCCCAAUACUAACUUGUCCUGUAAUGUUAUCAACUACCUAUAUAUAUGUAAAAAGAGCUGAUACCAGAGUGCUACUUUUCUAUCUUUCUUUGAUUUAUAGGAUAUAACUGCUUUGUAUGUCAUGUGAAAACUUGGGAGGCGUGUGCAGUAAAAAAAAAAUAAGGGUGAUUUUUUUUAAGGGAGAGCUCUUAAAAGUUCAUGCUAAAAUGGUACAUUUCAAGUGGGACCUCCGUUUGUUGAUCGGCCUACCAGACUCCAUGGGAAGAAAAACUGGAACUCCGUCCUCUUCGGCUGUGUGAAAGUAAUGAAUUGCGAAGGGCUGUGCUCAUUCCCCUCCUAAGGGGUGGGGGGCAGGUUUGGGGAUGGUUAAUUUAGCUUGUUAGUUUGCUCCUUGACUCUAAAAGUGGGGUUGGGCAAAUGUUUUGCCCGAAGGGCAGCAGCAGGGUUUUCAUCUGCCUUUGAAGGAACCAGCAGCUAACUUAGGAGCCCUCUGAAGAAGGUGGAGGCUCUCAAAAGAUUUAAGUUUAUUCAGGCGCACUGGCUCUCUAAUUGAUGCCACCGUCUAGCAGGCCUAUGCGCCCAACAAACUAGGCUGGGUGAAAAGUUUAUGUGGGCCAGAAUGUUCCCCGGACUGUAACUGCUCCACCCUUCCUCUGAAAGGAUUAAAACGGCAGCACUUAACUCGCAUUGGUAGAAUCUGUCUCCCUCUCCCACUUCAUCUCCAGAGAUUUUUGUAAUGCCUUUUUCUGACUAUUUGACCCGUGGGAGGGGGAGCCCAAACCCUGAGACGUGGCGAUAGUCUCUUUAUGGACUGUCCAAGGUUAGUGGUCCAAACAUGCACCCUUGGUGUGGAUUCCGUCUCGGGAAUGUGUCACGAGUCAGAACUUUGGAGCUGGGACAAGAUGAGAUUGUUUCAGGACUGGCCUUGUGCAAGUUUGACAACGGGACUAAUCCAGUAAACAACUGCAGCUGUCUUCCGAUUGGUGGGAGACGAACAGCUGACUUCCAGAAUGGCACCAGUGACUCACAGGGCCCAGGGGAAGGAGAAGACGGAACGUUCUUUAUGCGAUCCAGUCCUCAAGCUGUACAUUUGGGAUGUGUGUAUGAUUCUAGGUGGGCUUUGUCACGUUGCACAAAACUAAUCACUGUAAAGCACUUUUAAUAAAACAUUUAACUCUAAA